UCUUGACUCACCGAUUCCAACUACCUGAGUAAAAAACCUCCGCCUUUCUUCACACCACCCCCACUGCCCGCUUCAUAAACUUGUGCCUGCUUUCUCACCAUUCACCCAUUCACGUCUGCUCGCUCCUCCUAGCUUUGGCUGACCGAGCGUACUAUUUUGACCGACUUCGCGUUGUUACCUGUUCUCCCAAACCCCCCCCCCCUCUUUCUCUUCCUUGCUCGGCCUUCCUUCCUUUUAUCUACCUCUCUCUCCACCGUAGUGUUCCACCGCUUUCCUACUCCUCAAAAAAUAUAUCUCCUCUCUCUCAUCGCUUUAAUUACUAUCCUGUUGCUUUACCGAAAACACUCAGGUUCUGUCAAGGGAUAGAGGGGAGAAAAGAAAGAAGAGGGUUUUUUUUUUUCGCAAAUACCAAAAAAAAGAAAAGAAGUGAACUAGCUCUUGCAUCUUCCAGAUUUGUCUCCUGAACGGGGAUCAGCCAAAAGAAAAAGAUCCCAGCACCACUAAUACCGAUAUCCCUUCGUAUCCCUCGAUAGAUUUCCGCAAACCUACCUCUCCGUUUCGUGUCCAAGAGAUAUCAUGAAUGGAGGAGGAGUGCCUGGUGAUGCCGUAGGCUCGCCUACGACGAACGGUGGUGGACCUGCAAACGGUCGAGCGCUACAACAGCCACAACCACUGGACCAGAUCAAACAAGCCCUUCAAAUAGUCUAUGAUCCCCACUCCUCUAACGAUUCUCGAAAGCAAGCUGGCGCAUUUCUCGAAUCUGCAAAGAGUGACAAGGAGGCACCAUACCAUGGCUUUACCCUCGCUUGCGACAGGGGUCAUGAUGCCGUUGUGAGGCAUUUCGGAUUGUUGCUACUAGAGCAGGCUGUCCGAUUCUCCUGGGUUGACUACACUGCGGAGGAGAGCGGCAUGGUUCGAGGCUGGGUUUUAAGCCUGGCAGAGAAUGUCAAGAUCGAUGGAAGGGAUCCGGUAUACCUACGGAAUAAAAUUGCCCAGCUUUGGGUCGAAGUUGCGAAGAGAUCAUGGGCUAGCGAGUGGUUGGACAUGGAUGAGCUUUUGGUAAGGCUCUGGGACAACUCUACACAGCAAGGUAAUCCAGCCCAGAGAGACCUGGUGCUCUCAAUAUUGGAGAAUCUGGUGGAGGAUGUUUUCAACAGGGAGGACUCGGUAGCCGGAAUCAGAAAUACGCCGCUAAGCAAAGCUUGUAUCGACAUAUUUACUCCAUUGGAUGUGCUGAAGGAGAAUUUCCCGGGUCGAGAACCAAGUGCUGUGCUGAGGUGCGGUGAAGGCGGUUGGUUAACAAGGCUGACCGAGAUGCUGGAGAAAUGCUUGGAGGCUGGUGUGAAUGGUAAUACAGAGGUGGAGGCUUGUGCGGUCAAGGUCUUAGGAACGUUGAAAGCAUGCAUGAGUUGGGCUAUUCCAAAGGCCAUCGCUGCAGCAAAGAUAGUGGAGACAGUUGGGCGUGCUUUGAUGGUGGAGAAAAUAUCGGUCCAAAUGGUCGCUGUAGAGUGUUUGCACACGCUAUUUACGAGAAUAUUCUUUGAGGAUGAUGAUUUUCAAAAAAUUGUUUGCCCAAUGUACUAUUCUCAAACGGUGGAGCUGUUGGCAAAUAUUUUCGAUUGGAUACGAGUCGAUGCAACCGACAUUGAUGAAGAGCGCUACCUUUUCUUGAAGCGAUACGCUGAGAUGAUUGCCAACCUCGGUGGAUUUGUAGAGGAAAAGUCAGGUUUAAUGCCGGUAGAGGCUGACCUCGUUGGCUUCAUGAAGUUGCUCUUCCAAAUCUGUAGUCAUGACAGCUUGUCCGUUUCAAUCCCAGUCAUGAAUGCCUGGACUCGGAUUAUUCGUAAAGAUCUAUUGAGUGGCCAUGAGGCAAUUGGUCCUUUAAUUCCAGGCUUGAUAGCGCUCGCUACCGCAAGGCUGAUUAGGUACGAGUCUGUAACUGAUGAAUCGAAUCGGAGCAUUAUUUUCUUGAACGAAGAUCUCGAUACCAUGCCCGACCGACACGCUUUUCUCGGUAACUAUCGGCGGUUCUGCCAGAGCAUUGUAGAGUGCCUGGUUCGAAAGAGUCCAUUCGACAUUUUCCCGUACAUUCUCGCACAAGCGGAUGCCUCUCUAUCUGACCUUUGUUCUAAGGAGCCACCGUUUACGGCGGAAACAUACCGGAAGAAUUCUGGCCCAUUCCUACAACUGGAUGCACAUUUUACAGUUGUGGAGGCUUCGUUGAGAGGGUACAUGAAAUGGAUUGAUACCAUUGGCAAGAACCCAACAAAUAACAAUAGCCGUAAUGAACUUGAGCAGCGUUUGACCGAGUGGUGCGAACGAGUCCUCAGCAUGAACUUUGGUGACCCCAUGAUCCGGAGGAGAGUUAUUCAGUUGAUGGUUACCGUUUCCACGUCGGCCUUGGAUAAGAAGGCCGACUUGAUGUUAAAGAUUUUGGAGCAUGUUCUGUUGACCAGGCCCCCGGAAUACCCAGCGAAUCACGCCUACACUGAUGCGGUCAAGGAACUGAUGGGUGUUUGCACAACCGAGAUACAGCGACUAGCAAUGAAGAUGCCUGAUCAUUUGAUGCUAGUGUACGAGGGCUUACAAACAAAGAUCAAUGAGAUUAUCUCUACGGAGAAUGUAGAUGACCGGACUCGGAUUGCGUUCCAUACCUUUUUAUUUACUAUCAACCACCGGACGAAGAAUAUCGACCCCGCGAUACGACAGUCUAGGCUUGAGAGCUAUAUCCAUCCAGUUCGUGAAACAUGGAGGGACCCUGGUCUCACCGAGUCACUACAAACAUUCCAAGGCUUUUGUACAAUCUUGGGUCUCGACAAAGUCCAAGAAUACCUUAUCUCGAGAAGAGUGAACGAAAUCCCGGAUUUUACGAAACACGUGCUAGAUACCGAGGGCCAGGCUUUACAAAACGAAUUGGCGGAGAAAUUCAAGGCCUUGCCGAUAAGGGCUACAAAGGCGUUCCUCGCAGUUUCUACUGAACAGCUGCGGAAGCCCUCGAAUGCCUAUAACAUUGCGUGCGCGCUUUGGCAUGAAUCAAUACCCAUGAUUUUGCCCAAUCUCCUGCAAUUUUUAACUCACGCGCAUGCAUUUCAUAACGCGGGGAAUUGGGCAGGGCUCCAACCGGAACUCCAGGCGGUUAUACGCAAAAUUUUGACUGAUAGGUUCUGGCAAGCUGGGAUAUCUACUGGGAGUAGGGACGAAUUCUAUGAAAAUGUGACGAAAACAAAGACCACGAUGGAAGGGCUCGCUUCGUCAAUAAGGGGUGCAAUCAGGAUGGUGCGCGAGGCUUGUUAUUCCAUACUCUGGUGCAUGUCAAGGUUGGACGUUCAUUUUUACGGUCUCAACGAGCUUCCGGGGCCGCUUGCGCUGGCACUUUUCGCAGAUGCCCAUGCGCUCAGUUCGCAUCAAAUGUCAAUCUUGUUAAACAUGACCAGAUACAUCAUUGAUGACUGCCCAACCACCCUCAGGGCGCAUUUUCUGACUCCUCUUCUCGCUAGUUUGUUUACGCAGGUGGAUCGCAAGAUUAGUGGCGAAUGGGAUGAACUUAUUAGGAAGGGGCAAAUUUCUCUGGGGGAAGACAAGCUUGCGGAAGAAAUGAAGGAAGAGAGCAUAUUGAGACAGCUUACAUAUACUGCUGUCUUGAUUGUUGCUGGGUUAUUGGAUCCGCAGCGCCCUGGCGAAACUGUUAACACAAACUCUGGAUUCCUUGACCAGCUGGCGCUGCCUGAAAUGCAGGCCGCUGGGCCCGGUGAACAAACUAUGAGAGAGUUCAUCCUUUCGAGCGAUUGUGUCUUGGAGCCGUUGAUUUUGUUUUGUACACAUGCUCUUAGGAUGCGAGACUCGAGAUGUUGCGGCAUUAUUAUCAGAGUAUUCAGGUCUAUUGUGCCCGAGUUCCAAGCUGAUAGGGCUGACAUUCGAGAGUUCAUAUGUCGCGAGGUGUUUAUUGCUGCUAUUGAGGCACUGCACACCGAUUACUUUGUUGAUGUCCAAAAGGACCUUGCUCAACUCAUCGCUGCCAUCUUUACUCUGUACUCGCCGACUUCCGGCACCCCAAGGAGUCUAUUACUGAACCUGCCAGGGCUUACGGAGGCAAAGGUGGAUGCUUGUUACAAAAAGCUUACCGCAGCUGGAAGUACCAGGCAGCAGCGGGCUCUGAUCCUGGAACUCCUAGACGGACUAAGAGGAGUGGCAAUUAGCGAAAAGGGCAAGCUCCAACGCCCACAAGUUGGCAAACAGCGCAGCCAGGCAGAGAAGAGGCAACAGCAGCAAUACGCCGAAAAGCGAGAGUCCCCAGAUUUGGGUGGGGUAGCCGACAUGUUUGCUUAAUUCCCUACUUUCAUUACAAAUUCGAGUGUCAUUUAUAUAAGGCUGGAUCGGUGGGUGGGCGUUCGUUGUCUAAUAUAAUUUUUCCAUUUUGCUUCCAUGCGAAUACCGCAUAUUCGUCUACUCUUUUCGUUUCUUUUAGAUUGGAGGAGGGUUUUCUCGCUAAUCAUUUCUGUUCUCUACUCUUUUCACUCCUCGUUUUUAGCUUCCAUCAUAUCAUUUGUCGUCACUCGCUUUUUUUUCCUCCUUGGUGUGACCCUCUCCCGCUUAACUCGACUCAUUUAGUUGGCUUCAAUUGGUCUUUGCUCUUCUUUUUCUUUUCCACCAAUGGUCUCCUACUCUAUUUUUUAUAUUUUACUCGGUGGGUAGUCGGGUGAUGUGUUUUUUUGUACUGUAAUUUUAUAAAUUUUUAGCAAGCUAAUACAUAAGAUUUG